AACUCAACUUCCUGAUUUUUACAACUCAGUGCCAACUUUAACUACUGUUGUCAAGGUGUGAUGAUUCAGUCACCUCGCUCUUAUUUACCAGACAGCAUGUCUCGUACUGACAGUUUUCUUCCUUUCCUCGUGCUGUUGCUGGUCUUUUCAACAGAAGGCGCUCUCUUUGGAUAUUAUAUGGCUCAUUGCCAGUUUACUUCCCCUGACGGCCACGAUGCCGUGUACGUGGAGCAGUUUUACUUUAAUAAGGUGUUAGAAGGCCAAUACAACAGCAGUGUGGGGAAAGUAGUCGGUUACACAAAGAACGGAAUAGAAGUUGCAGAUAAGCUCAACGGUGACAAGGACUUUAUGAAACAUGAGGUAUGGAAAUCAAACCUUUGCAAAAGAAAUGUCCCACUGAUUUAUGAUGAGCUCCAGAAUUCAGUCGAGCCCUACGUUUGGCUGAGGUCUGUGGAUGCAGCAGACAGCAGACAUCCAAGCAUGCUCGUCUGCAGCGCGUACAACUUUUACCCAAAACAAAUCAAAUUGACGUGGCUCAGGGACGGAAAGCAGACAACAACUGAUGUGACUUCCACAGAGGAGCUGCCAAAUGGAAACUGGCUCUAUCAGAUCCACUCCUUCUUGGAGUAUACACCCACACCUGAGGAAAAAAUCUCAUGCAUGGUUGAGCAUGCAACCCUCAUGAAGCCCAUGAUAUAUGACUGGGAACCAUCGCCUGACUCAGGGAGAGAUAAGAUUGCUGUUGGUGCAGCAGGGCUGCUGCUGGGUUUGGUGUUUUCAGUUGCUGGGCUCAUUUACUACAAGAAGAAAUCCAGUGGGCGGGUCGCGGUGUCAACAACCGAGGUUUUAUACCCCGAUAUCAGACUUCUUCCUAUUUUCAUUCGUGAUUCCUAUUUUUUCAUCAUGCAUAUUCGCUGCACUUUACUGCUAACAAGUGUGUUCCUCUUAUUUUCAAGAGCAGAUGCUUACUUUGGUUACGGGUUGAUCCGUUGCCUGUUUACUUCCAAAGAUGAUGUUGUUUAUCUGGCACAGAUCUACUUUAAUAAGGUGCUUAUGGGUCAGUACAACAGCACUUUGGGGAAAUAUGUUGGCUACACAGAGAAACUGAAAGAAGUUGCAGAUGAACUCAACAAAAAAUGAACGUUUCUUGGAACAAGAAAAAAGAACGAACAGAAGUGCAGAACCAACAUCCCGCUAGUGUUUAAUGUGCUUUCAAGACCAGUUGAGCCCACAGUCAAGCUGAGGUUAGUUGAGUCACCAGACAGCGAACAUCCAGGCAUGCUCAUGUGCAGCGCGUACAACUUUUAUCCCAAACACAUCAAACUGACGUGGCUGAGGGACGGAAAGGAGGUAACUACUGAUGUCACGUCCACUGAGGAGCUACCCAAUGGAAACUGGCUCUACCAGAUUCACUCCCACCUGGAGAUUAUACCCAAACCCGGAGAGAACAUCAGCUGCAUGGUGGAGCACGCCAGCCUCAUGGAGCCCAAAUUUUAUGACUGGGAACCAUCGCCUGACUCAGGGAGAGAUAAGAUUGCUGUUGGUGCAGCAGGGCUGCUGCUGGGUUUGGUGUUUUCAGUUGCUGGGCUCAUUUACUACAAGAAGAAAUCGAGUGAGCGGGUCGCGGCGUCAACAACCGAGGUUUUAUACCCUGAUGUCACACUUUGAGUCGGAGCAGCCUUUUGGAUUUCACUGAGAUUUUGGUCCCGAUUACAUAAAAUGUUGUCGUCGACUUCCUUGUCUUUAAACUCCCGUCUGAGCUUUUCACAGAGACUCACAUCAUCCACAUUUUCUCCUCACACUGUAAACUUGAUCCAAACUCUGCAUCACAUUAGCUGAGCUUCCACCAGCAAACAGCUGUGUGCUGUUUCCUGUCUGCUUUGUUUUGGAAAGAAGAAUUGACAAAGUGAAUGUAACAUUAUGGGUUUUUAUUUUUAGCUUACUCUACUGCCCUCAAGUGGCCAAAAAUCAGUUAAUGCAGGUAAACCUUCAGCACAUAUUGAAAAUGGCAGCUGUAAAGCACUGCUGGGUGGAAACAGGAAAUGGGCAGUAAGGGCAUAACAUUUGGGGAUUGCAGAGAAAACGUGUAAUUAUUCAAAUUCAUGUUUGUCUAAUCUGUAUAACAAACACAUAUGUCAUCCUAUCCCAGCUACCCUGGUGUGGAUGGUAAAUCAAUUUUCAGCAUUAAUGUCAUUUACCUACUGAUAUUAAAUCUAAAACUUUU